UCUGCUGUCUUCUCCUUCAUUUACCUUUUCAGGAAGACCAGAAAAAAAAAAAAGAAAAAAGAGAGAAGCAGAGGUAAGAGGGAGUGACGACGCAGCAGAGCGGAGAUGGCCGGAGACCUUUUUGAAGAUUUGCCACCGCCAAACGCUUCCGCCAAUACCGGAACUGCCGGUACCUCCUCCUCCUCAGCCGCCGCUAAAGCCACCAGUGUAGAAGCUUCCCCAGCCGCACCACCGCCACCUAAACCUGCACUUAAGAGCGCUCUCAAACGGCCAAAACCACCUCAAGAUACCCCCCCUGAAACUUCUGCUUCUGGAAAACGCUUGAGAUUUAAAACGACUACUGAUGCCUCUGAAACUCAAGUGAUAGAAGCUAUGCAGAAGAUAUCAUCACAUAUAAAGAACCUAUCAAAGUUCGGCAAGGCAUCAAAACUUGCAAUUCAACUGAUUGAGGCUGGUAGUGUUAAACCUUCAACUAGUGACCACUUCUUUGCUAUACUUGAAGCUGCAAUGUCGUCAUCCACUGCCUGCAAUGAGCCAUCAGUACGAGCUGACUAUCACACGUUGUUCUCUGCAUCUCAAGAUGUAGUUGAGUGCCUCUCAAAGAAGCAGCAGAAUUCAUUAGCUGUAUGGACGAUCAGGGCGGUAGUAGCUAAUGAUCUGUUCACUGAUGACAGUUUUGUGUUUUCAAAAGCAACUGGGAAAGUAAAAGAAGGGAUUUCAAACCUUCCGAUUGCAACAAAAGAUGAUGACAUAGAAGAAUCUGCUGCCUUGGAAGAUGAGACGCCGCCAGCAAAUGCCAAUGGGCAGACAAAUGAGGGCCAGCCUCCAAACGAGAUAAAUAAUAAAGAAGAGCAGGACCCCUUCGGCCUUGAUGCUCUGAUUCCAAGCACAUCAAAGAAAGAAGACAAAGCAAAGGCAGUGAAAGAAAAGAAAGAACCGGAUGAGGCCAAGAGAUUCCUCAAGUCAAAAAGAGAAGCUUGGAUCUCAUGUUUAGAGAUUGCGGCAAAACGCUACAAAACCCCAUGGUGCCAAACUGGGAUCGACAUAUUAGUAAAGCACGCUUUUGAUAACGUCUCGCGGUUCACUUCCAAACAAAGGGAAGCCGUCAACAAACUUUGGGUCUCUGUCAGAGAGCAGCAAGUUAGGAGGAAGCAAGGCAAAUCAGUGUCUGGAAAACUUGAUGUGAAUGGCUUUGAAUAUCUCCAGCAGAAAUAUGCCAAUGAGAAGAUCAGCAUUCGACACUCGGUUGGUGGCAGCGGAGAUAGGAAGUGCACACAGUGGCUUGGUUGAUCCAUGUAAUUGUUUAUAUAGCUCAGCUCUGUAAUAUCUAUCACCUCCAUCACCAUAACUGCACUGGCAAAAAUGAAAGUAAAAUCAUGGCCCUGCGUACUGGAUUUGUGUUUGUAAUGUCCUUAUGCUUUACAUUUGUGUAAAACACUUUUUUUUUUUUUGGGAUACAAUGGGUAUACAAUAAUUAACCAUUAUGAAAUUCCCAUCA